UGACAAGAAUAACUGUACUCCAAGCACGAUAAAAUGUUUCCUUCUUAACACCAGAAUUGCCAGGUUCAAGCCUUUUUUUAUUUACCUGCAUGGCACAUUGUAUGCUUAUUCCAUACAGCAGUUACUUGACAAGGGAAUACCCCGUGAACCCCAUAUUCUCCAUUCCGAAAAAGAGCCUGAAACCCACGCGAGAUACCACAUGCCAUUUCACGAUUCGAUCCAUGAACGAAGAGCCGGAUAUCGUACGGCAUAAUCGACCCCGUUAAAGCCGCGACCCGGCCGAUAUCCAAUAAAAUUGCGUCCGAUGGCCGUUGCAAGUCUCUCCCACUCUUGGGCAAAAGUGCCUGGAAGCUUACUCUGUAAGAAGAGGGAAAGCCAAUUGUGGCUGUCUAGGCGAGGAAAGAAAGCUUAGGAACUCGAUCCCAAAUAACAAAAAGAUUUGGGCAACUUAGUACAAGUUUAGGAUACCUUUUACUGAAUUUGUUUUAACACCCUAUAUUGAAGUCUAAUGUUUUCUUGCUCCCCGAGGGCUGUUUAUCAGCUUACAGAGACAGGUUGAUAACUUGGUGUGGGCUUGCAUUAGCGUCCGCUAGGGCAAGGUUAGUGAAGGAGGGGUUGUUUUUGAGCUCUCAUGAGCUUGUCGAUGCUCAAUGACACGGGCUAAUCGUGCAAUUGACAGAUGAGGCAGGGUGAUAUGAUCUGCAUCCACUGACAAUCAUCAAUUCCUCGGAUAUAGCCAUCUCAAUCUCUCGUUGUUUAUAAACUCGACACUCUUAGCAUAAAGCAUUCGAAAAAACAAGCUCAGUCUGCAAAAUCAUCAUGAUUAUGGAUGGUGUCAAUAGUGUUUCCUAUCUAGGUAUGACUAUCCAGGAAAAAAGAGGGCCCAGAGGUCAACUAGAGAACCAACCUUGACCCGGAGAGAUCCAUGGUGUGGAAACUAUGCAUAACCUUGCAGCUACACGGCACGCUCAGAGCCGAACAGGGCGGGGAAUUACCUACGAUACCAUAUCUUUUGACUCUCAUAACAACGUACGCUAUCUUCUUGUAAUAGGUAAUGAUGAUGAGAACUAUAUAUUUCCUUCUCUUCUCGUUCUCUCUUGACCAUUUGUCUUCUCUUCCUUUCCCCUUCGUCGUCAACAGUGGCAACGAGUAAGUGUGUAUAGCUUCAUUCAGUGUCCCACCUAACCAAGAUGCACGCCAAGCCCCUCUCCCUCCUCGUGCUAUCUGCCCUCCCCUCCUUGACUGCAGCUGAAGAUGUCCUUGGCCUUUACGUCUUCCACCGUCACGGUGAUCGCACUGCCAAGGCCUGGAAGCCCGUAAACUUCACAGCUCUCGGAGCCGACGAGGUUUACUCUUCCGGUUCUUGGUACCGCGAUACUUAUGUGAGCAAGGAUGCUUCACGAAAGAUCACUGGCCUCAGCCCCGAGUCAGCCGUCUUGUCUCAGCUAGAUGUCACUUCUCCCGUCGAUGCUGUGCUUCAGAACUCUGCUCUUGUAUUCAUGCAGGGGCUUUACCCUCCUACGAAGCAGUUUGAGACCCUUGCCAAUGGAUCCAGGGUUGAGGCUCCUUUGAGUGGAUAUCAAUACAUUCCCAUUGCUUCAGUAGAGACUGCAGCCAGCGACAAGAACUCUGAGAACAGUGCUUGGCUCCAGGGGAACAGUGGUUGCACCAACGCGGAGGCUAGCUCAAAUGAUUACUUCUCCUCCCCCGAGUACGCUGGAGCAUACAAGGACUCUGAAAGCUUUUAUCAGGGCCUUCUGCCUGUCAUCAAUGGAACCUACGGCAAAGAUGAGGCCAACUUCCAGAAUGCCUAUACCAUCUUUGAUCUCAUCAAUGUUGCUCGUAUUCACAAUUCUAGCAUCCCUUCCGAUGAUCUGCUCGAUGAGUCCACCCUGGAAAAGCUAUAUUAUCUCGCUUCCAUCCAUGAGUGGAACCUCGCCUACAACAGCAGCGAACCCGUCCGUGCCAUUGCGGGCUCGGUGCUUGCUGGCCAGAUCAUUGAGGCUCUUGAGCCCCUUGCAGAGGGUAAGAAGGGACCCAAGGUCAACAUCCAGUUCGGUGCCUAUGCUGCUUUCAUGUCUUUCUUCGGUCUUGCUGGUCUCGACAAGGUCAGCUCCGACUUCAAGGGAGUCGUCGACUACGCCUCAUCUAUGGCCUUUGAGCUCGUAACCAACGCCACAAACCCUACUGCCGACGACGUCAGUGUCCGCUUCUACUUUGCCAACGGCACUGCUGCUCAACACACCCCGAAGUUGUUCCCUCUCUUCGGUAAGGAUGAGACCACCAUCUCUUGGAAGGACUUCAAGACUGGCAUGUCUGAUUUCGCCAUUGAGGACACCAAGCACUGGUGCAAGCUUUGCGGAAACAACGAUGGCACCUGCGCUAGUAGCUCGGAUGAUGACUCUACUUCAUCUCAAUCAAGCUCUGGCGGCUCUGGCAACGGUGUCUCGAAGCCAGUUGCUGGCGUCAUUGGUGCCCUUGUUACUCUCGUUGUCAUUUUGGGUGUCCAGGCUGCCUUUAUUCUGCUCGGCGGUCUGCGUCUUGUCAAGAAGUCGACGCUUGCAGCUGCUGGCGCAUCUCAGGCCGAAGCAGUCAAGGCGUGAGUGAAUAUGAAUCGACAGGUAGUGGGACAGGUUAAAUGUUCUUGGUCAGGAUAUGCAUGACCCAUGCGACGUUAUGAUUUUUUCGCCUUCAGGUACCAGGAUAGCCAUCAUGUAACGAAUUGAUGUGCCAUGCUUUAAUUAAGACAAUAUCGCCGAACUCUCAUGGCUAUGAUCUAAUAAUGAUAUCCAGGAAUCGUGUCAUACUCCCCUAUGAAGUCUAUCAGGAAGUAAACAUUAAAAAUAACCCAACCCUGGGUGCUCUAGAAACGCAUCUGUUGCUU